CCCAAACCGCUACGCAUGCGCAGUGAGACAGAAAACUGGCAGCAGAAACAACAAGUCGAGUCCGCCUGGCACAGGAGAGCAACUAUGCUGCGUUUUUCAACACAAUUCACUAACAUGCAUCUGCUCCUGCUGAUGACGAUGAUGAUGAUGUGGGCUUUAGUGGUGAUGACAGAAGCUCAGCCGCCUUGUGACCCAGUCACGCAAUAUAAGGACAAAGAAGGGCAGUGCUGCCAGAUGUGUGGUCCAGGGACCAGCAUGAGUGCCGCAAGCAAAACUUGUGAGACUCCUCAGUGCAUAGCCUGUGACGAGAAAGAAUAUCAGGAGUCCUACACAAAUGAAACGAAGUGUAAACGUCAGCCCUACUGUGACCCAAAUACAAACUUUCAGGUUCCCGUUUACAUGGACACGAUUAAAAGAGUUGAAUGCAUGUGUAAGCUGGGAUUCCACUGCUCCAGUAUUAAGUGUUUAACCUGUGUGGAGCACACAGUCUGUGAACCAGGACAGUGGGCUAUAUCCAAAGGCAAUCAGAGGAGUGACACAGUAUGUCAGAAAUGUCCUGAAGGCACAUUUUCCUCGGAGCGGUCAUGGGACAGCGUCUGUAAGAAAUGGACAGUAUGUGGGAGUGGAUACCACGUUCAACAAAAUGGAACAGCUGUAUCUGACAACGUCUGUGCGGAAAACUCUCGGCAGCAUCUGGCUGUGAUCGGUGUUGUUGUUUCUUUGAUUGUGACUAUUGUGGCAGUUGGGGUCAUGGUUUGGUUCUGCAGAGAUUCUGCAAGAAUAAGGGCAAAGGGCUGCGUGGAGUCGUGUGUGGGAGGAGAAAGGGAGCCGCCGAGAGAGGGAGCACCAAUAGUGAACCCAACUAAUGAUUAUAUUCACGAUGAGCUCAAGGAGCCCAUACAGCAGAUCUCACAAGACGACAGUCGUAGCAGCUUGAUGCCAGAGGAAAACGAGGAUGAGGAGAGCCAGGAGUCAUUCAAAGCCGUACGUUUAUCUGAAAAGGGAAACUACGUGGUACAAGAGAACGGGAAAUUAUAUCCCCUCCCCCGACAGGAAUCACAAACACACACACACUUAUAAAAGUCCUCUUUGAUACUGACUUGUAAUUUGUUAUAUAAGCUGUUGGAUGUUGUUGCUUCAUGUUAUUUGUACAUAAUUCUCCCAAACUAAAAAUGUAUAUAUUUGCCUGAAGUGUUAACAUUAAAAUUUCAAUCAUGUGAUGUCGAGUAACAUUAUGAGACGUGAAGUAGUGUGGUACAGUGUAUGACUUGACUGCAUUAGAACAGCUUUUUCUUCAUUCUUCAAUGUUUCCAUUGUCAACUUUUAAGUACUUUCUUUACAAAAGACUUUUGUUUAUGUUUGCACAAGGUGCAAAAAUUGUACAGCUGUGAUAAUUGUGCAUGAAAACAGAAUGUAAUUUCAAAGCUUUUUAAAUUGCAUUAAAAUGUAUGCCACUUGAUGUUUAAA